AAUGAAUGAAGCGGUUUCCAUUAACGAUAGGUCUUUGCCGGACGCCGUGUGACUAGGUUCGUGUUUUUAUAGCCUCUUAGCAGUUAAGUUCAUUGCAUGUCUCGUGAGCCACAUUGGCAGUUAACGGAUAGAUCCAUCACUUGCUGCAAACCGUUUAAAUCCGAAAAUGUCGUGGAUACGGGAAGGUGAAUUAAACCUGCUUGAAAAGAUUUCCGCCAAUAUCCUGAAGGCAGGACCCAUGCCUAAACAUGUGGCCUUCAUCAUGGACGGUAACCGCCGCUUUGCACGUAAAAAAAACAUGGAGCGCCAGGAAGGGCAUAUGCAGGGCUUCAACAAGCUGGCUGAGACAUUACGUUGGUGUAAGCAUCUGAACAUCCAAGAGGUUACGGUGUACGCCUUCAGCAUUGAGAACUUCAAGCGCACUAAAGACGAGGUGGAUGGGCUGAUUGAGCUGGCCAAGCAGAAAUUUGAGAGGCUGUUGGAGGAACGAGACAAUCUGGAGAAGCAUGGUGUGUGCAUCCGGGUGCUGGGCGACUUGAAUAUGCUGCCACUCGACCUUCAGCAGCUUAUUGCCAAAGCUGUGAUCACAACCAAGGCGCACAAUAAAUGUUUCCUGAAUGUGUGUUUUGCCUACACGUCAAGAUAUGAAAUUACCAAUGCGGUCAGAGAAAUGGCUUGGGGAGUGGAGAAGGGCUUGAUCAAAGCAAGUGAUGUUUCAGAGGCGUUGCUAAGUGAGUGUUUGUACAGCUAUAAUUCUCCCAACCCUGACCUGCUCAUCCGCACCUCUGGAGAGGUGCGCCUCAGUGAUUUCCUUCUCUGGCAGACAUCCCACUCCUGUCUAGUGUUUCAGUCAGUUCUGUGGCCGGAGUACUCCUUCUGGAACCUGUGUGAUGCUAUUCUCCAAUAUCAAUUAAAUCACAAAUCUAUUCAGAAAGCGAGAGAACUUCAUCGAGAACAUCAGGCCUUACUGCAGCUAGAAGCGGAUCGUGCCUGUGUAGCAGAGCACCUGCAGCAUCAUGGGAAUGGAAAGCCUGCUGACGCUCAGAGAAGACAAGAGGCACUGCUGCACUACACCACCUGCCGGGAAGAACGAAUUCAGGACUUCCUAGAAGCACUGAAGCAAAAGAGGGACUCUUUCUUUAAUGACUUAUGUAGCGAAGCUGUCUUGGCCUAGGAAAGCUCCGAAGAACAAACCUCAUGUUGAAGUGGGGAUGAAACAUCUCCCUGUCCUCUUCCCAAAAGGGCUUUUGUGGGGGAAAGAGUCAACAGUAACUGGGAACGGUUUCAUUGUGUUACUGAUUUGUAUAAGAUGAGAAGGCAAUUUUACCCCUAUGGGGCUGUAGAAUAAUUGAUAUUUAUGAUCGUAGAUUUUAAAAAAAGUCUAAUACCUGGAAAUGUCUGGUCAAGAUUUAGUUAAAUAAUUGUGUACAUUGUCUGUCAAAUGCAUGCCAUUGUUUGGAAGGGACUCUGUUUUGGAAAUGUUUCUAAAACAGUCAUCCAGAUUAAUAUAAUUCUGUCCAGUUUUGCGUUUUUGUUGAGGCCUGAAGAAAGUGUCGUUUUUGAGUGUGAUGUUGAUGACAUAACUAGAUUUUGACCAGCUUUCUUAAACAGAAUAAAGUGAUUACUGUAUGUCAGAUAUGAUUAAAUGAUGUGCGAUUCAA